ACAAGUUUCCAUAAAAUUGACCAUUGAUCACGUACAACCUACGACGUAUACAAGAAGCAUAUCCCACACGUGCGUCGCAUUGGUCGCUUUCAAUUCAGUCGUCUCCCCGUUCUCGCCAUGAAUCAUCACACGCGUCUAAUCGUACUACUAGUAGUGAACAUUUUAGGCUAUACUAUUGCCGAAGUUCGCUCGAAGCGGCAAAUCUUGGAAGAGCUUAACAGCUUGGGUCCAGGAGGAAACAAAUCCCUCGGAGACUACGUAGACUUCAGGCGUGUUCUUGGAUUGGACUAUAGUAACCCGAUUCCCAGAAUAAGGAAGAGCUACGACUUCAUUGUAGUGGGAGCGGGACCUGCCGGAUGCUCUGUGGCAAACCAUCUUUCAGAAAAUCCGACGGUGACGGUUCUGUUGCUAGAUCUCGGUAAGCCUGAAAUCAGUAUAAUGCAGGAUGUUCCCGCCACCAACAUCUACCAGGUUUCAACGGCGUACAAUUUCGCGUAUGUUAGUGAACCUCAGGCCAAGGGGUGCUUGGGAAUGAAAGAGCAUCGGUGCGCGUGGCAUCAUGGACGUGGGCUUGGCGGUUCAACUCUGAUCAACAAUAUGAUUUACACGCGUGGAAACUGGCGCGACUACGACUCGUGGAACGCUUCGGGGAACGUAGGCUGGAGCUAUGAAGAAGUGCUCCCGUAUUUUAUUCGGGCGGAAAAAGAGAAUUUGCGUGACUUCGGAAACAAUGGCUAUCACGGAAAGAGUGGAUACUUAUCGGUGGAAGAUAUCGCGUACCGAACGCCACUGGCUUCGACGUUUGUGAAAAGUGCGCAGGCAAAUGGGAUGCCUUACAUCGACUAUAAUAGUAGAGACCAGAUGGGAGUUUCUUAUGUGCAAUCGUUGGCGAACAGAGGAAUAAGAUGGUCUGCUGCUAGAGCGUUGUUGCAUCCGAUUAGAAGACGACAAAACUUGCAUGUGUUGCCCGAAGCUUGGGUUACGAAAGUUUUGAUUGAUAAGGAAACGAAAACAGCUCUUGGAGUGCGGUACACAAGGAAUGGGAUGUCCUUUACGGUGAUGGCUAAGAGGGAAGUAAUUUUAUCAGCAGGUGCAUUUGGCAGUGCUCAGUUGUUGAUGUUGUCUGGCGUUGGACCAAAGGAUCAUUUGAGCGACAUGGGAAUAGAAUUGAUCCAAAAUCUACCGGUUGGUGAAACAUUGUACGAGCAUCCUGGGGCAAUUGGGCCUGUCUUUACCAUUGGAAAGCACAUCGAUAACCUAAUUAACUUCGAUUAUGGAAUUACUGUGUCGUCCGCUGUACAGUACCUAUUUGGCAGGGGAAUGUUCACGUGUAGUCUGACAGAGUCCUUGGGAUAUUUGAAGAGUACCGUUUCACCUAAUUCAGACCCCGACUGGCCCGAUGUCGAACUGAUUCAAAUUGCCGGCACAAUAGGAGACGAUUCAUCACCAAGUGCGCAAAACUAUUUUCGAAUUACGGACGAGAUAAUGACUGUGUACUUCAAACCGUUGUUCACAGUACGCGCCUUCAUGUAUCUGCCGAUGUUGAUGCAUCCACGGACAAUGGGAUCAUUGAAGCUACGAUCAACAGAUCCAUACGAACCACCUCUGUUUAAUUACACGUAUUUUGAAGACGACCGCGAUUUGCAAGCCCUGGUGGAAGGAAUGAAGGAAGCAAUCAAGAUCACCAGCCAGAAGCCGUUUCUGGAUAUAGAUGCGAAGUUGUACUCAGUGAAAGUUCCCGGUUGUGAGGAGUUUGAAUUCAACAGUGACGAUUAUUGGUGGUGCCAUGUUAAGGUGCUAACAACUACUUACUAGCAUUAUGUCGCAACGUGCAAAAUGGGUCCCAAGACAGAUCCGGCAGCCGUCGUCGAUCCACGUCUUCGAGUGUAUGGAAUGAAGAAGCUGCGAGUGGUCGAUAUUGGAAUAAUCCCGAAACCUCCAACUGCUCACACAACGGCUAUUGCCUACAUGAUUGGCGAUAAAGCCUCCGAUAUGAUCAAGGAAGAUAAUAAUUUGUAACAUUAUUAUUGUUGUACUGCUGCUCCAAGGGUUACGUGACAAUAAUUACACAGAAGAAAGCAUGGUAAAUUAAUGAUCUGCACCGAAACAUUGUCCUAAAAUAUAAUUAAGUUUAUUAGUAGAAGCUGCCACUCCUGGUCAAUUGCGGUAGGCAAUGAAAUAUAGAAAGUACAUACUUACAUUAAUUCAUACAAUACGACGAUCGC